CCCGACGGGCUCAUGGUGAGGAUCAAGGCGGUGCUCUUCUGGGCUCUGGUGCACGGCUACUGUGGUCUCUGCGCCUGCAUCGAGCUGCUGAAACUUUUGUGGAGCCUGGGCACCAGGCCAGGCAAGACCUUCCAGUGGCUGAUCCGAGAGAACCCGCCGGGAUGCCUCAGUGACCCUUCCUUGGGCACUCACUGCUAUGUCCGGAUCAAGGAUUCUGGGCUGAGAUUCCACUAUGUAGCUGCCGGAGAGAGGGGUAAACCUCUUAUGCUGCUUCUUCAUGGCUUUCCAGAGUUCUGGUACUCUUGGCGACAUCAAAUGCGUGAAUUUAAGAGUGAAUAUCGAGUUGUGGCCUUGGAUUUGAGAGGUUAUGGAGAAACAGAUGCUCCCGCCCACCGAGAGAAUUACAAGCUGGAUUGUCUGAUUACUGAUAUAAAGGAUAUCUUGGAGUCUCUUGGAUACAGCAAGUGUGUGCUGAUUGGUCACGACUGGGGUGGAAUGAUUGCUUGGCUAGUUGCUAUUUGUUAUCCAGAAAUGGUGACAAAGCUUAUUGUUGUGAAUUUUCCACAUCCCUCCGUUUUUACAGAAUACAUUGUGCGGCAUCCAUCACAGAUGAUUAAAUCUGCCAACUACUAUUUCUUCCAAAUGCCAUGGUUUCCAGAACUUAUAUUUUCAAUAAAUGAUUUUAAGGUGUUGAAAAGCAUCUUUACCAGCCAUUCUAGUAGAAUUGGAAAGAAAAACUGUGGGUUAACAGUAGAAGACAUUGAAGCUUAUCUUUAUGUAUUUUCCCAACCAGGAGCACUAACUGGUCCCAUUAAUCACUAUCGAAAUCUUUUCAGUUGUCUGCCACUGCAGCAUCAUGAAGUCACCAUGCCUACUCUAUUGGUAUGGGGAGAAAAAGAUCCUUUUAUGGAAGUUGAGAUGGCAGAAAUCACAAGAAUUUAUGUAAAAAAUCAGUUUCGACUUACUGUUCUGUCUGAAGCCAGCCAUUGGCUCCAAGAAGAUCAACCUGACAUUGUGAACAAGUUGAUAUGGACUUUUGUAAAAGAAGAGUCAAGAAAAAGAGAGUGACUCUUGACAGCACAACUGAAAUAUUAAAAGGUCAACGUUCAAUGUAAUCAGGGCCAUGUUAACAGCAAAAUGUUAGAUUGAAAUAUGCUAGAGAAGAUAUUUUCAAUGUAUUGUAUAUAUUGAUGCCAAUAUUCUUAC